AUGCAACACUAUCACAUCCGGCGGGAGUUGAUGCACCGGUACCAGUUCGGCAAACCCUUUAUGCGGCGAACUUGUGAUGUUCUUCCUAGAUAGGAAUUUUCACGAAGAACGAAGUCGUUCAUUAUAUCACAAUGUCAAACUUGCAGUCUUUUUUCUAGCCACCAGCUCAGCUUCUCACCGCCACUCUGUAAGCACCCUAAGUGUACAUUUGGUUGCAUUUCUCGAGAAAUCCAAACAGCUGAGCAAUUCAACUUGUUUGUGUACGAAUAUAAAGGCUUUUAACCAGUUGAUGGAACCACAGCGCAAAAUGCGCCAGGUUUGCACCAUUCAUUCGACAGUUCAUUGCUCAACUCAACUUUCGGCAGCACCAAGAAGCCAUUUACCUCGAGAAGGAAUGUAUAUUCCGAUUGCGUUAAAUUGAUUACCAAGGGACAAUAAUCAUCGUCGUACAAUAAGGGCUCCAGUUUCAUGCUCUCUGGAAUUUGUGAUGACAUGACACAAAAACACCGUGCGAGGUUUACAUUACGGUUUACCAUUGAGCAGAAAAUUAAAAAACAGUGUCUAAAAAAAGCAUUUUUGAUGAUCGUUUAAUUAAGUGCAAAUAUUAAACCGAUGCAUCUA